AAAACGUCAAGUGGUGUCAAGCGGACAAUGGAUUGUUAAAAAAAUGGAUAUCAAAGAUAUCUGGAUUUCAAGUGAUAUUUGGGAUAAAAAUCGAAAUAAUUCAUGUAUAAAUAAUUCUAACGGGAAAAGCUGUUUAUGAUUAGAGUUUUUCAUCUUUAAAAAAAAAGUGAUCGAAAAACUCUGAUUAUGAAUGCUUUUCAGCCAUGCCCCAAUACAUCGGACUUGGUGCCCCUGUAUCUUCCACAUCAACUGUUCCUGAAGCCUAUUGCAAGGCUGAACAUGUCUCUGCAGCUGCCCAACGUCAAAAAACUCGGAAAAAGCAUCUCCCAUUGGGAGAUCAUGGAUAAAAUCAGGGAACUCAUACGUCCUGAGGAAUUUACAGUAUUCAAAGUUACGAAAACCACCCUAGAGUUUGUGCGGUUUGAAGCGGAGCUUGAGACAAGAUCCAAGAUUGAGACAGUGCUUAAAAAGUUGGACAACAGGAUGAUAAAGUUAAAGGACUUCAGUGAACCCAUGCGUCUUCGAGCUUGUGAGUGGAAAUCCGACUUUCCUAAUCGUAGAGCCUGGGAUGAUUUCUUCCAAAACACCAAGGAUAUGGACGAGAUGAAACCUGGACAAAGACCUGACACAUUGUACAUAUCCAGUGUUCCUACCAAAUGGUUUGUCCCCAGACAUUUAUCAAGUGAUGAUGAUAUCACCCCAUCAGAAAAAAUAUUCUACAGGGUUUUUCAAAAAUUCGGUUCUAUACGAUACAUAGACAUCCCUAUCAGUGAUCCAUAUAGGAAGAAAAUGAAGGAUCACAUAUCCGGUUUGAAAAACUCUUCAUUCGACAAUAAGGAGUUCUUUGAGGGUUAUGUGCAGUUCAAGGACUAUAUUGGUUUUACAAAAGCCAUGGAUGCUUUUCGUGAUAAGAAGCUAGUGUAUAAAGAAGAAGAUUCAGCGACUGAGGUGAAUAUAAAGGUAGACUUUGAUCGGUCGAAGCAUUUGAGUGAUGCCAGUAUUCGCAGGAGGGAGAUUGUUAGAGAAAGACUGGUGAAGAAAGCUAGAGAAAAGGAAGAGAAAGAACAAGCUGAGCUGGAAGAAAAGAAGAAGAGAGAAGAAAUUGAAAGUGAUUAUUUACAGGCAAAGAGAGGUAGAUGUGAAGACUGAGAAAGAGAUGAGGAGAAAAUUACGCGAAGAGAAGAGAAAAGCCAAGAUACUUCAAAAGCUUGAAAUCACAGGUGCUGAUGAAAUUAAUGAAAAAAUUGCCAAUGAAGAGAAGAAACUGUUGAAAGUGCAGAGGAAAUUGGAAGCUAUAAGGCUGGUUGAAGAACUAUUUAGAAGAAUUAAGGAAAAAAAUCCAGGGAACAUGCGGUUAUAUGAUGGAUUACCAAAUCCUGGCUAUGACGAACUGAAAAAGUUCAAAAACACCAGUGAACUAGAAGUACUCACUCAAAGAGAAAAGUUGCACCAUGCUUUGAAAGGAAGAGUCAUGUUGAAGACAAUUCUCUCUGAUAAAGGAAGACCAAGAAGAAACUCAUCAUCUAGUUCAGACUCUGAUUUGUCUCUGGAUGAAGUACUUCCAUCAAGAGGCAGACCAAAAAGUCCUGUUGUAGAGAAGUAUCCUGAAUUGCUGUAUAAUUCAAACUGGUUAGGAUUCCAAUAUCCAUUUCCUGGAGCAUAUCCAGAGCUUAUGGAUCCUUAUGGGUUGAGAGGAUUUAUGCCUAGAGGCAGAGCACCAUUCCCAAGGCUUCCUAUGUUAGCUGGACCUUCAAGAGGCAUGAACUUUGGUGGUGGUAGGCGUAGACCAAUGAGAAACCGCGGAGGAUACAGAGGUGGCGGCAGAGGCAGACAGUAUCCACAAGAAAUGACUGAAGAAUACCAGUUCUUUGAUGAUCUCGACAAUAGAAGAGGUCGUUCGUAUUCUAGAGAACGUUCUUGGGACAGAUCCAAAGAUAGAAUGAGGUCAAGAGACAGAUCAAGAGGUAGGACUAAGGAUAGAUCAAGAUCGCGUUCUCGUCGAAGAUACAGCAAAUCAUAUUCCAGAUCAAGAAGUAGAUCGAGAAGUAGAAGAAGGUCUAGGAGUCGCAGCCAUAGAUCAUCUAGGUCUAAGAGUCGAUCUAGAGCAAGAACUAGAAGAUCGCACAGUCGUGACAGGUCGAGAUCCAGGUCUAGCAAAAGGUCUUCCAGACGAAAACACAGAGAUACAUCCGAGUCCAGAUCCAGACAUAGAUCUAGAUCUAGAUCAGGAAGUAAAUCUAAGGAAAAUGAUAAGUGCAAAACUCCGGAAAAUGAGCGGUCUGGAUCUGUGGAUAGUUCCAAGUUCAUGACACCUAAACAACUCUCCCUACAGAAGUCUGAGAGGAGGGAGAGGUCGAAAUCUUGGUCACUGCCUAAGGAAGGAGAGCCUCAAAGACGCUCCUGGUCCAAGUCUCCAGAAAGAAAGAUGUAAGGCUAGAACAAAGUUUUGAGCUUGGUACUAAAUGAAGAUGAUAAUUUUAAGUUUAUGUUGUGUAUGUUCGAAAAUAUAUAUUUAUUUGAAUCCAG